AUGCUGAAGCUCAUGGAAGCUUCAGACAACUCAGCUGAGGGUUUUGGACAAGUUGUCGCAACCAUCCUCAAUCAAACAGGGCUGUCACCAGAAGAGUUUUGUUCCCGACUUCAACUCAUCGAUGGAGACCUUGGAACGUCUAAAAACUUCAAUUCAAUCCGGGCCCUACGCACACCCAGCAAAUUGAUCAUGGGGACUGAAAAUCAGCCCAUUAAUGAUUCACCACCAAAGAUUGCAACGGAAGAGUGGAAUGCAACAGUAGAAGCCUGCUACAAGAAGUUCUUUUCUCCCGAGGCCCGUCAAGCUACAUCAAAAGAAAAUUGUCCAAAACUCCAUGCUCUCCUGUUCCGUUUGCAUGACUUUUCCACUGUUGUGGAGGCAAAUCGUGCAAUGAAGGCUGGAGAUGUGGGGAGAUUAAUGAAUAUAUGGAAAAUCUGGUCGAUUAUGUCCCAAGCACUACCAGGACUAGUCAACUAUAGAUCUUACCUCCCUCGAAUGGUCCUUCUCCUCCAGAAUAUUCUCCCUCCCUCACUCAGAAAGUACAUCCUCCACACUCUACUUAUAUCACCAAGUGGCCAAGAAAAUCACUUCGUCGCCAAAGAUUACUACCUGGAGUUGCAAAAUUACUCGCUCAAAUAUUUUUACAAUCGAACUGGUGCCGGUACUCAGGUUGAAAGAUUGCGAGAGAUGUUUUCAAUGAACAUGAACUUGCCUCAGGAUGGAAAGAGGUAG